AUGGCCGAAGUCGUAUUCGCAAAGACGUUCCUUACGUCUCUCGACUCCCGUCCUAUCAAGCUCUCCCCAGACCACAUCGAGGACCCCAAGACGUUCCCUCCUCGCCCUCCCUACAUCCUCCCCCGCAUGCCAACCGCCAUGUCCAAACCAACCUCCCGCCUCCCCCCCGGCCAGGAGCGCAGCAUCAGCAUCACCCUCAAAUCCCUACGCAACCCGCCCCUCGACAUCACCCUCCCCGCCCUCCCCCUCAGCACCUCCGUCCUCGACGUCAAAGCCGCCGUCAACGCCCAGACCCGCAUCCCCGUCGACAAGAUGAAGCUGCUGCUCAACAAGCGGCCCGUCGCAGACACAAAGGUCCUCAAGGAGCUGCUCGCCAAGGAGUCGGACAAGGCGAUUGAUUUCUCCGUCAUGGUCAUUGGUGGCGCGGCCGUUAUUCCGCCAGCGGAGAAGCCCGCCGAGGAGGCUAUGGAGACGGACGAGCCGGUUCCGACGGCUCAGGCUGACGCGGCGACGGUCGAGGCUGAGCUCGAGUCCGAUGCCUUCUGGGCGGAUCUCAGCGGCUUCCUGCAGCAGCGGCUCAAGGCUCAAGCCCAAGCCGAGGAGCUGUCCAGCUUAUUCCGGUCUAGUUGGCAGGCAAGCAGGUCAAGU